CUCGACAAUCGACAAUCGCAUUUUUAUCCAAAUCUCGAGAAAUUUCCAGAAACUAUGAAGCCCAUUCUUAUCUUGGGCAUUUCCUUUGUUGUUUUAAUUGGGGCAGCUCCCAAAUCACCAGUCGUGCAAGCGUCAGCUCCUGAAUCGAUACCGGGCAUGCUACCCAAAAUGUCCAUGAUUAUCCAAACCUUAGACCAGCUGAGCGUUUUACUGCUCAACCUCCUAUCUGACCUACCCUCACAGCUGCCUUUGCGUCAGGCACAGCUGACCAUGCUCGCGACUCAACUGUCCACGGGGGUCAAGGUUCUCGACACCACAAUUGUUAAGUUCAUGGUCACAGCAGCCAGCCCACCGGUCCAACUGUUAAGAGCGUUACUCAACCCGCCGUAUGCCUUUGUUGCAAGUUAUAUACCGUCUCUUAACACGGCCAUUGCAUCCCUGCAGGCAGAACUGGAACAAGCACUUGAGAAUAGAAAUAUCACAUUGGCAGGGCAGUUUGAGAAAGCACUUGGUGGCUUGAUCGAAAUCGAGGGUACGUUACUAGAGCUUCGCAACAUGUUGGCGAAUCUAUUGGAUUCAUUGGCGGGAGAGGCGACGACCACGAUGGCGGUAGUAGCGAGUACUAUCGCUACGGUUCCUUCUACUCAGAUAACGUUGGCAUCGGGUUAAAAAAAUAGCUGGGUUUACAUACAAGACUAUUAAUUUCUGAACUUACAAACUACUUACUUACUUCGUUACUUACAUUAUAUAGAUUGAUGGUUCAUAUCCACAUUUGCUACAGAGAAAUAUAUGUAUACGCAUGUAUGUACGUACAUGCAUACAUAUUUAUAUAAGUUUAGAGUUACAUACAUACGUACCAAUGUACCUAUGCAUGUAUGAAAAUAUGAUGCAACAUCAUUACAACGUAACUUAACGUUUUUCUCUUUCCAUGAAAUUUUACAUCUGCGUAAAGGGAAAUAGUUUAUCGACUCGCGUACGUAUGUAUGUGCAUAGAUAAGUAAAUAUAUAUGAACAUUGAUGGGAUUAAGUUAUCUGCAGAAUCUGAGUGUAAGUUUAUCUCAAAGUUUGCUGUCGCCAGCAACUUACGUAUGUAUAUAUGUACAUUACUGUAUAUCAAAUUUCAUGCAAACCAGAUCUCUUCACAUUUUAGUCUAACAUCCAACCCCAUCGGAUGUGGAGCUGGACAAAUUUCUGGUUAAUAAAUGCAUAGCAAUUUAAUGUUAACGAGUGAAGAGAACUAAAUUUAAGUGUUGCUUAAAAUUCGACGCCCCUAAUCAAUACAUUAAUUGGAAUGGAGGGAGAAUCCCUUCCAGCAAAAACGCACGGGUGUGACGGUGUCCUGUUCGUUUUGAAAGGGAAAAAUUGUUCACCUGUCUGUCGCGAUGAUUAUUGCAUCGACUUAGCAAAACACACCGAUGAGUGGAAGCGAGAAGCCGUAAUUCUUAAUAUUCCUGGCCAAAAAUAUACCAUUGGGUCUGGGAAAAAUUUGGAGAGUUUGGAUGCUGCAAAAUAUGGACAAUUUUUACUAUUUCCAAACUACGCGGAUGUGACCAAGGAACAAUGCAAAAUUGAAUGCGAUACGAGUGGAAAUUUUUGGCUGUGUAGUUUGGGAGACGGAGAAACUUUUGUAAACGGGAAGCUAUUAGAUUCCAAAGACAGACUAAAAUUUGGGGAUAUGUUUUAUUUUUCGCUCAAUCUCUCAAAAUUAUGGGACCCAGAACUGGACAAGAGUAAAAUUUGGAAACUGUAUCGACGAAACGCGUGUGGUAGAGACUUUGCCGUAUUCAAAUUCAAGAGAUUGACCCCUAAAGGUAGGACACAACAAGAUAAUAAGGAAGCAAAUCAUGAGGACAAUGCAAACUCCGAAGAUUUUCAUGGAUCCUCAACUAAUCCGAAACUAGUGAAACAUCCCAUUUUCGAUGAAAAUUCCAUACUCACGAAAAUAUUUGAAUAUUUAAUCCCCGAAAAUAAUGACAAUCAGCAAAAAGAUCUCUUCAACUGUCGACUCGUCUCAAAAUCAUGGAAUGAAUCGUCGCUUCUCGUCCUACAGAAAAACCUCGUGCUCAAUUUAACCAUAACGAUGGACAAUCUAAUCCGUGACCCCAACUCCCUCGCGAAUCGCCUUCACUGGAAGACACAUCGCAUGAAAGGGUUAAAAUUUGACGGCAUGAAGAUCAACAUCUGGCCACAGCGGAGCACAUACUACAUCCGAGAUAACGAAGAAAGGGACAAAGCCGUGGUAAAAUUUAAUCAAGAUUUCUCCGCAUUUAUAAACCACCCGGAUUUCCACCCGGUCAAAGUUCUCACCAUGAAUAUCGACUAUUUAACCCCGAUAAGCACCCUCCUCUCUAAAUUCUGUCAUUCUCUGGAAGAACUAACCAUCCAGAUUAACAUGAUUUGGAUAAGAGAUGAAAAUAAAACAAGAUUCCUUGAAACUUUAAUAUUUCCAAAGUUGAAAAAGUUAACGCUAGAGUUCUGCCAGCAGGAGGAAGGUGACUUGGGCAAAAUUCGAGAAUCUAAAUAUCUCGCCCAACUACUCGAAGGUUUCAAAGGAAUUGAGCAGCUCGUGUUAAAAAAUUAUGCCAAACUUCCCUCUGACUUCGGACCGUUUAAGAAUCUGAGGAAAAUUACGAUUUACGGAGGGUGUAAUUAUAACGUGGAAAUUUUCAAUUUACUCGAUUUCUUAAGCCAGAUCGGAACUUUGCCGGCAGAUCAGGUACGGUCGUUUAAAGUGGAGAUUGAUCUUAUUGAUGUUCAAGUUACUCCGGUAGAAGUGGAGGAAGCGUUGCUUUGUUUCCUACAUAAUCAGGCGGGAAGUUUGGAAAAUUUGGAAUUAUCCGCACGCUAUACUCAGCCCAUAAAACUGCCAAGAUGCAUGCCAAAUUUGAAGAAGUUGUGGAUUGGUGAGUCAUUAAAUUGGACAGAAUCAGAGUUCAUGUGGGGGGCUAAAUUAAGUAGCCAAGUGACAAAGAAAAGUAAGGGACACAUGUCCGAAUUUCGCCCAGAUACGUUAUCUCUAGUCCUAUGGGAUGGAGAUGAAUGUGGUCAAGAAUCGUGCCGAACUUGUAAUGAUACUUUAGCGUUUGGAAGAUGGAAUCAGGAUGAGCGAGAAUUUGUUUGCUAUAUUCCAAACGUGGAGAAUAUUUGGGCGUGGACGCAAUAAUUUUAUGCUUCCCAUUCAUUUUGGAAAAUGCGACCCUAAUAAGAUGAAUAAAAAGCAGUGCCUGCUGGCUCUCCUCUGUAUAUUAGUAA